AAACAUAAAAAAGAGCUAAAGCUCUCUCUCUCUCUCUCUCUCUCUUCCUUUACCAACUUAGUUUAGUAGCAGCCGUUAAGUUCAUAACUUUUCUUUCUUUCCAUGGCUCCACUCUCACUCUCCAACCAGCACCCAUUAAUCUCCUUUCUCUUCUUCCUCACACCCGUUGUCAUGGUGGUGGGCAUGCUUGGAGUUCUGGGGGUGGACGGAGCAAAUUCUCCGACGUCUUCCAGCACAACAUGGUGUGUGGCUAGGAGUGAUGCGAGCGCACAGGCUCUUCAGACAGCCUUGGACUACGCAUGCGCAGCAGGUGCGGACUGUUCUCCAAUCCAACCCGACGGACUAUGUUAUCUCCCAAACACCAUCCAAGCUCAUGCCUCUUAUGCCUUCAACAGUUACUACCAGCGCCAGGCUAAGGCCCCUGGUUCUUGCGGCUUCUCCGGCACUGCCACCAUUGCCCAAACAGACCCCAGUUAUGGAUCUUGUGAUUACCCAUCUUCCACAAGCGCGGCUGGAGGGACAACUUCACCUUCCACACCACCAACAGUUCCAAAUCCACAAACGCCACCUUCGACGUUCGCACCACCCUUCACCGGCGGAUUCACUCCCGGAUCGACCCCGAUGAUCCCCGACGAUAACUCAAAAGCGUCCCUCGAUUCCAUGUCCCCAACAAUCUUGAUGCCCAUCUCCCUUGUUCUCAUUCUUUUAUUCGCCCAAAAUUAAACCCCCAAUGUAGGUCGUUUAUUUUUUUUUUAACAUUGCCCUAAUGCGGAAAAGUGGCUAUCUACAUUUUUUUGUUAGAAGUUGGAACCUUCUUUGUCUGCUUCUAUCUUGCUAAGCCUCCCCAUUAGUAUUUUUCCAAACUAAUUUGGGUCUGAAUCUCAUAAUUUCGAACCAAUAGUUCAAUUAACUCAUUGCCAAAUAUUUCGUCGAUUUCAAUUUUUUACAGCCAGGUUACACGUACUAAGUAAAAUAACGUCGAUUACGUUCAAAAUGUACCUUUAAAAAAAAACACAUUGAACCGCCUCUUUGAGGCUUUGAGUAUUACUAGUUCCAGCGUCAAUUUCGAUGGCAACAAUGUUCGAUAUCACGUCCUAUAUAUGCAAGAAUGGCAUCAAUAUUAAUAUGUACAAGCAGUGACACAACUGCUACCAGCAAGAACCUGCGGAACAAAUUGGCUGACCCUGGGCCUGAGCAACAUCGGGCGCAAGAACAAAUCGCAUUUGACACGUACGUAAAAAUAACUUAAUGAAAACUCGCAAGAAGAAAAAUAGGACCGACUCUUUCCAAGUAAGGAAUUAUUUUUCUCAUUUGCAUGGCAAUAAUGUAAAGAAAUCAUAAACAAACUGCAAUGGAGAAACCAACAAC